CAAAAAGGGAGAUACAAAGGUCAGGAGUUUCCCCAAAGGGCUGGAGGGAUUGUAUAUAAAUAUAUGUCAUACCAGGCAGAGAAUAAAGGACAAGAACCAGAUCUGGACAGACGCAGCUCUCCAUUCAUUGGCUCUUCUCCAGGAUGGUGUCCAGCAAGAUUGUAGCUACUAUGCUUGUGAUGUACAUAGCAACCAUGCUCGCUGCCCAGACAGAAGGCUUUGUCCCCAUUUUCACCUACAGUGAUGUCCAGAGAAUGCAGGAGAAGGAAAGGAACAAAGGGCAAAAGAAAUCUCUAAGUGUGCAGCAGAGAUCAGAGGAGGGGGACCCCAUGGCUCUCAUGGACUUCAAGGAGGAAGAAGAGAAUGAAAUGAUCAAGCUGACUGCUCCUGGAGAAAUUGGAAUAAGGAUGAACUCCAGGCAGCUGGAAAAAUAUCGGGGCGUCCUGGAAGAGCUGCUGACUGAGGUGUUGCUGUCCACCCAGAACGUCCCUGGAAGAAGAAAGGAAGCCUGGUUAGAGAUGGAGAAACUGAGAGGCUGAGUGACUGCCCCCAAGCUAUAAAGACAUCUGCGAGUAAACUGAUCGGCUCUGCCACAAAAGAAUGUGGACAAAACCCUGUGUUCUAGAAACCCGACAGUGAAGCUGUGGACAGGUGCCUGACCCACUCCUUCAUUUCAAUUUAAGAAGAAAACACACAAUCCAAAACAAGCCUUACUUCAUUGAAUAAAGCGUGAACUUUAAGGAA